AUGACAGCCACCUAUUCGCAUCCAUCCGUUGAAGGAUGUCUAGUGUCCUUCCCGACUCCGCAAAUACUACUACUCACCCUCAACCGACCCGAGCGACGAAACUGCAUUCCCCUCGCUACGAGCGCUGAAAUACAAAGUCUCUGGGAAUGGUUCGACGUUGAGCCCAGCCUACAGGUUGCCAUUAUCACAGGCACGGGCGAGUCUUUCUGCUCGGGCGCGGAUCUAAAAGAAUGGAACCGUCUGAACUCGCAAGGCACGGUUAACGAGAUGACAGCUCCCGGUCUAGCGGGUCUCCCUAGACGACGGGGCACUAAGCCCAUCAUCGCAGCAGUCAACGGCCACUGCUUAGGCGGGGGAUUUGAGAUGGCGGUGAAUUGCGACCUAGUCAUCGCCAAUCCACAGGCCACAUUCGGACUACCCGAAGUACAACGCGGUAUUGCAGCAGUAGCGGGCUCUUUGCCUCGGCUGGUGCGCAUCCUGGGCAAACAGCGAGCGGCCGAGAUCGCGCUCAGCGGCCGGAGCUUUCCGGCCACGCAGCUGGAACGUUGGGGCCUGGUGAAUCGCGUGGUGGAGGCGAGUCGGCUGCUGGAUUCCGCAGUGGAACUGGCCACCAUUAUUGCCGGUAACAGUCCGGAUAGUAUCCGCGUGACUAUGGAGGGGCUCCAUCUCGGUUGGGAGCAGGCCAGCGUCGAGGAUGCCAGUACUAGGCUGGUGGAUGGGUGGUACGGGAAACUGAUUGCCGGUCCCAAUUUCCACGAAGGAGUGAGAGCGUUUGUGGACAAGGAAAAGCCCCGCUGGAGAAGCAGCAGCUUGUGA